GCCCAAUCGACAUAGCCGAGUGACUUCAAAAGUGAAAAAUUUUCGGUGGGUGUAAGGUGCUAGCAGCUCUGGCCCUCCGUGAAAAUCCGUGAAAAUUCAGCCGCAAAAAUCAUCGAAACCACUUGAUGACUUUGCAAAGAGACAUGCUUCGAUGUCUCGCUAGUGUAGAUAAUGCUUAAGCUACCCAAAGGAUUAAAGAAAAAGAAAAAGGGCAAAAAGUCGAAAAAAGAUCAAGAGCUCUUCACCGAGGAAGAGCUCGAACAGUACCGCCGGGAGCACCAGAACCAGGCGUCGUCGGCACUCAACUCAGCUGCACCUUCGGACAGCGAAGACCAACCAGGCGAAAAGUCCGAGAACGACGAAGAAUGGUCUAAGUUUGCGGCGCUCACCACUGGUAUCGAUUCGGUUCUCAAGAAAACUCAAGAAGAUCUCGGUCGCAUCAAGGAGAAGUCUUUCUUCCAAAAGGUUCCCACCAAAGUUGAACUCGAAGCCAAGGAAAGAGAGGAACAGCUCAAGCGUGAGCAAGAGGAGAAGGAGCGAGCCGAAGCGGCGGCUAAGGAAGCCGAGGAAAAGAAGGCUGCCGAGGAGCUCAUCAACGCUGUUGUUGAGCUCUCCGACUCGGAGUCCAAUUCCGAAGUUGAGGAGGACAUCUUUGACACCAACUACAUCGAUGCCAUUGCCAAAGGAGAGUUACCGAUCGCUUAUGUGCCGGAGUCUCCAGAACUAGAAGAAUUCGAAGGACCAGAUCCAUUCGACACCUCGUACGCAGAGAAGGUCAUCAAGGGGCCUGAAGUAUCGAAGCGUGGCAAGAAGAUCGUGAACAUCGGCGCUGCCGUUGAAGUACUAACCGGACGAGUAGAAAGCGUUUCCUCGAAGGCGUCCAUCCGCCGUCCACGCCGAGGACCGCAAAACCUACUGCUAGAAAGUUUUGACGAAGGACAACCGGACGGCGAAGAGGCGAAACCUAGUGUAGAAGUUGCUGAACAACCUGUAUUUACCUUACUAGACGAUCCAGCAGAGCUUCCGAGCGAUGCACCGAUCGAUCUAAGCGUAUCGCUCCAUCUAGCACUUCAGAAGGAGCAGGAAGUCAAAAAAGAGCAGGAACCUGCAGAACCUGAGCUCAAUCUCGACGAAUUUGACGAUCUCAAAAAGCGUGAGCCAGUAGUUGAGGGGGACGAUUUUGAGUUACUUGUAGGUGAGGCCGAUUUGGGAGGUUCCAAGAAACCAUCCCGCCCACCGCCACCUCGACCGACCGCCGGUCCACGCAUCCCGGAAGUUCCAGGGUUAGUCGACGAAGACGACUUUGACCUAGACACAGACGAUCCAUUCGAUACCGGAUUUGUUGAGAGGGUUCUUCCAGCGACAGCCAAGGAGGACGACGAAUUCGAUCCGCGUGCAGGCGAAGCGGACACCUUAGAAGACGACGACGACGAUUUUGAUCCACGAGCAGAGGAGAAACCUGCACCGUCAGGUCCAAUCUGUGCCAAGACACCGGAUCUCUUUUCAGCGGAAGAGCACGCUUCGCUGCAAGUUUCCGCCACCCUUGCAAAGGAUCUUCUGUCGGGAAGCACUUCAGAUCUAACUGAAGUUAUCCAAGCUCCAUUGGAAGUCUUAGCCGUUGGAGCGGACGCAGCUUCCUUUGUUGAUCCAUUCGACACUUCAGCGGUUACUUCGAUCGUUGCUCCGGGCAAAACAGAACUUAAAUUCCUCGAAGAGGAACUAUUGGCAGAGCAGCCUGGUACUCUGAAACAUUCUCUGAGUGAUCCAGACUUUGACCCACGUGCUGAUAGCGAGCCACCAAAGCAGGAGGAAGACUUCUCUGCUAUCGCACAGCGCAAGUCGUCACUCAGUUUACAGAUCAACGGAGCAGCGGCAAAGAGUAAGUCCGUAGUCUUCGCCGUUCCUACACCAGAUCUGCUGAAAAUCGACGGUGAUCAAUCUUUGAGCAAGAAGCCGCUAACUCCUUAUUACAACCGGGAGGGUUCCAUCCCGGAAUCUGAAGACCCGUUCGAUACUUCUUUUGUACCGAGCAUCGCACCAACACAACUAGAAAUCAACCUUAUCGAGCAGGAGUUGAACGAAGCUACAUUGAAGCAUAGCUUGUCCGAUCCGGAUUUUGAUCCCAGAGCCGUUACUCCAAUAGAGGCACCUGUUACUGUUGCACAACCCAAGUCCGAUCUGCUGGGAGUUUCCGACGACUUCAACCAGAAGGUUCUGACUCCAGCGAAGGAAACAGAACCGGUAGAAGUUGAUCCUUUCGAUACUUCGAUCGCUGUCAAUAUCCAACCGGGUCGUACUGAGUUGAAACUCUUGGAAGACGAACUCAUUCCAGCGGAACCUGUUGUAGCCGGCGCAAGUCAGGACUUCUUAUCCGACUCCCAAGACGCUAGUGCCGUCUUUGUGAAGGUACUUACUCCACAGCCGAGCAACUCAAUCGACGAGACUGAUAUCGACCCGUUCGAUACAUCCUUUGCAAACGAUUUGGGACCAGGCAAGACUGAAAUCAAGUUUCUAGAGAACGAACUACUCAACUAG